AUGGAUGCAUCACUGGAGCAGUGGGCUCUUCCUCGCCUGCAGCAACUUUUGCCACUGGAUGAUGAGUCGCUCAAGCAAGUGCUUCAAUACGCCAGCUCGCUUCCAAAAGAUGCUUCGGCGGAGCAUUUGAAAAAUUUGCUUGGUGACGAAUCAAAGAGUCUCGAGUUCAUCUCAAGCUUCAAUAUGAGGCGACCAAAAGCUCCAGCUUCAUCCACCGUGUCGAGUUCGACAGCGGCGGACCAUCACGCUAGCCCAGACGUGCCACGAGCUGCGAAGUCGCAGCAAAAGAAGAAGAAGCCCAAUAUACAUGCUCUUCCAGCUCGUCAAAUACAAGACCGUGGCCACGUCUCCGGAGCUUAUCAGAAGCGUGCGGAAGAAGACUACAUGCCUGCAGGUUCAACGCAUCACGACCAUGUUGCAGAGAAGCUGGCCUUGCGGCGAAAGCCAGAUGCUACACAACUGCCUCUCAUAACAGAUCAAGCCACGCCUACUGCUCGUCCAAUCACGUCCAAGGCUCCUCCCUCGGCCUCAGGCCCGCUCGUAUCUGACUCGUUGUCAACAAAGAAGGGCGCGGUCUCUAAGGCUUCUGCCCAGUCAUCUCGAACUUCAUCGCCAGCCCCGAAGGCGAAAGUAAAUAUAUCCGGAGGAACUGCUAUGCACGGUGCUUCUACAGCUUUGUCUGAUUUGGAUUCUGCGAUUCGGAGUCUCGAAUUGCAAACCAAUCCCUCGCUUUCAGUGACUUCUGAUGCCGACAACGAGAAGCGCAAAUGCAACUGUAUGGCUACCAGGCAUCAACUUCUUGAUAUGGCGCCGAACUGCUUGCAGUGCGGCAAAAUUAUCUGCGUGAAGGAAGGUUUGGGUCCCUGUACCUACUGUGGCUCAUCGCUCUUGAGUGCUGAGGACAUCCACAAAGUACUUCGAGUGCUAAAGGACGAACGCGGAGAGGAGAGAAUGAAUGCCAACAAUGCUUCUCACAAGCGAGCUGAAGUCUCCCAAGGUAAAGCACGAGCAUAUACCGGCCGCGACUUUCUUACUAGUGCGUCGUUUGCGCGACCAUCGCCUUUCUCUUCACAGCCUGCCACACCAGCAGAAUCAGAUGAUGAGGCAACUGAGAAGGCAAAAGCACACCGAGAUAAGCUUCUUGGCUUCCAAGCCAACAAUGCUCGUCGGACACAGAUCCAUGAUGAAGCAGCAGACUUCGAUGUACCGGUCGCGGGUACAAAUGUGUGGGCGAGUCCGCACGAACGAGCUCAGCAGCUGAAGAAGCAGCAGAGGGUGUUGCGUGAAAUGGAGUGGAAUGCGAAGCCGGAAUAUGAGAAGCGCCGCGUUGUUGCGAGUAUUGACCUAAAAGGCGGAAAAGUAGUGCGUCGGAUGGCAGACCUAGAAAAGCCGGAUUUUGAGGUGCCGGAAGACGCUGAGAAUCACGAGAAUGCGGAUAUUCCUUCUUCGAGGACCGAAGGAGGGGCAUUUAGUCACAAUCCUUUAGCGUCAGGAUUGAUUCGGCCGACCGCGAGGGAAACAAAAGGCAAAGAGAUCAUGAAGGCAAAUAAGCACACCUGGAGAAGAGUACAGAUGGAUGAGGAUGAUAACGAGCAGUGGAUCCUUGACGGCGGUCUGUACGGCGAGGAUACCGGUCGUUCUCUGGGCAACGAACCCGCAUGUGGUUGA